CCUUACCAUCACCCCACAUCACCACACCUCCCUCUCGCCAACGGUCAUGUCCUCGCCAUUGUCGCUCGCCUCUCCAAGCGACCCAUCCAGCGGUCCAUCAAGUCUGCCAUCAAGCGGCAUGAUUCUCUCCGAGACGAUGAACGACGACGUCGACAAGGCGAUCCGGAGGUGGCCAGAGGGCCGAAUCCGCGUGUUCAAUACGAACGACAAGCACAUCAUGACCAUCCCGCUCGCGUUCGCGGUCGAGGGACAUUGGGGUACCUGGCAAAAGCUAGGAGAUGGCCUUGAGGUCGUGCUUGGUGACGAGGUCGACUCUCCCCUCCUCUGGAGAAACCGAGACGAUGGGCGCUUGAUGAACGUGGAGGAUGAGGUUUCAGCAGGGCAGUACACCGUCUUACGGUCACUGGACUCUGCCGCCCCCGUCUUACCGUCGUAUUCGACCGGGUCGACAGCUUCGGGCCGGUCGAGGGGAGGCUCGGACGUGUCGGGCUUUGAGGUCGCGCUCCAAGGACUGGACCCAGUCGGCCCACAGUCUGCGGCGGCUGGCAUAAUGCUGUGGAUACCGCUCCACCGCAUGUAUGACAGCCAUGAGGCUGCGUUUGUGCCAGAAGUGGACCCCAAGACCGGCAGUACGUCGUUCACGUUUCACAUCUUUAUGUUGCCAACGAUGAACGAUCGCAAUAAGUCCCUGUUCGAGGCUAUCCGCAAAUUCCAUGGCGUGAAACUCACCUGGCCAAACAACGCGCCUUCACCAGAACUUGCAAAACUGCACUACCAGCGGGCACUGGGCAAACGUCUGUGUUUCGCGCGGCAAGUCAUGCAGGCACCGCAGACCCCAGACAAGCGCAAGCACCAGCCCUCGUCAGCAAGUCCAACACCGCGUCAAGUACGUCCCCGUCCGAGCUUGGACCACGAGCUUUGAUCAAUCCACCCAUUCCUUCAGCGCCAUGUCACUCCUGUUUAGCAACACUGCAUGCACAACACUAUGAAUACACAACGACGCGCUCAUCGGCCCAUCCAUCCACCGUCAACGACGAUACACUCUCCAUCAACAUAGUUGGAAGCCUGGGACGCGAGGAAGACGAUGGCUCCCUCAAAGUCGGCGGGCGCGCCCCAUCGUCCGGCGGGGAUACGCUCGAGGAUCUGGCGCGAGCGGACGGGGUCGGCGAUCAGCGCCUCGUUCAUGUCGGUCGCAAUGUAUCCGGGGGCGAUGGCGUUGACGUUGACGCCCUUAGCGGCCCAGCCGUUGGAGAAGGCCUUGACGAUGCCCUGGACACCGUGCUUGGCAGCGGCGUAGGCGACGACGUUGAGGCCACCCUGGAACGCGACCAGCGACGAGAUGUUGAUAAUCUUGCCGUUGCGCUUGUACUCCUUGCCCGGGGCACCGGCGACACCGCCGCGAGUCUCGAGCAUGUGCUUGCCGGCGUCGCGCGAGAUGGCGAACACGGCGUUCAGGUUGACCUGGAGAACCUCGUUCCAGUCAUCGUCGGGGAACACCUCGACGGGGUGACGACGCUGGAUGCCACCGCAGUUGACGACAAUGUCGAGGACGCGGCCCGAGGCAACGACCGAGGGGAUGAGCUGACUGACCGACUUGGCAUCGGCGAGGUCGGCAACGACAAUGUCGGCCUUGCCGCCCUUGCCGUCGGGUCCGCCCUCCUUCUCGAUGAGCGUCUUGGUCUCGACGUUGGUGUUGUUGCGCUGCACGAGGAUGAGGUCGGCACCCGCCUUGGAGAGGGCGAGGGCGAGGCGCUGGCCGAUACCGCGGGUAGCACCAGUGACCAGAGCGGUCUGGCCGUGGAGGCCGAAGAGCUCCUCGAUGUAGGAAGGCAUUGUGUGAUGAGGUG